CUUGGACGGAGUUGCAUUGUGUAAACAAAACGGUCCUAAAAAACCAGAGGCCGCUGACAUCACCCAAAUUGGCAAACCCCACUCUCCCUACACUCACACAAUCUGAGAAAAGGCCACCAAAUAUUGCACCUAAGACCAGCGGUCUCCAGCUCUUGCCGCCGUUGUGAAACCCUAAUGGCAUCAUCCGCGGCGGCGAUCACCCCUCCACCGCCGGAGACAUUGAAUGCCGAUGCGGACGAUGGAGACGAGGAUGUCGAGUACGAGGAGAUUGAGGAGGAAAUCGAGGUAGAAGAAGAAAUCGAAGUGGAGGAAGAGAUCGAAGUCGAGGAAGAGGUUGAUGAAGAAGAAGUGGAGGCCAAAGAUGCGGAGGAGGACGGGGAAGAUGAAUUUGGCGAGGACUUAACUCCAUCACGCGAAGGGGAUCAAGUAAUUGACAUGGAUCUUGAGGAUGAUGAAGAAUACAUACAAUCAAGUCCUGUGAUUCAAGGAAUUUCUCUUUCAAAUCCACUUAUUGAUAUCCCCAUGGCACCAAAAGAUGUUGGCCCUGUGAAAAUUUCCAAGUCAAGUGAGAAAGACGAAUUACAUGUCAAUGGAGAAAGAACAUCUAUGGAUGAUACAAAAGCUCCUUUAGUGGGAGAGUUUAAUGCUGGCUUUAUAUCAGCUGAUGCUUCUAGACAUAAGGAGAACAUUAUUAUGUCUGUUGCUGGAGAAACAAAUGACACUGAGACAGAAAUUCUGGCCCACAUAACACAGAUGCCACCGAGGUUGCAUGUUCCCCAGGUAAGGUUCAGGGAACCUUCCUCGAUCGCUGAAUUUGACAGAGAAAACAAAAAACUGAGGAUCAUGUGUGAAUUUCAUGCCAAAGGAUGGUGCAUCAAAGGAAAUUCUUGUAGGUUCCUUCACACAAAGGAUGGAUUAGAUGAUUUGAAGAAAAGUACUGGAUUGGAGAGACGAGCUUCUUCAAAUGUAUGUGUUCCGCCACAGCCGAGUGAGAAGAACCUUGAAAUAAAUUGUGAUUCUGAGAAGUUGUUUCUCCACGAGAAUGAUGCUUUAGGAGCCACUCCUUUAGAGGAUGGUAGGAGUUUUGGACUCAACUUAUACUUGAAUAACUACCCCUACCCGCCCCUUCCUUUGGCCAAAGACAGGUUAAUUGAUAGGAAUGUGAUGUACACUGGGCAUUUCUCCAGUUGUUCUGCCACAUCCAAUGAGAAUCAUCAUCUAACUAGAACUUCUGCUUUUGGAACAACAGUAGAGGAAAUGAAUAGUAAAAAUAGGGACCUAAGGUCCUCCGAUUUACUUUAUUCACACUCUAGGCAGCCGUUAUCUCUUGGUUCGUCCUCUUGGAACAAUGUCGCCCUUGGAACCGACAACCUUUUAAAGAGUGGCAUUGAGCGUCAUGCUUCUGUAUCCUCUUCCUUACAAAGAGACAUUUCAGGGGUUCCUUGUUCUGAAUCGGAAAAGUUGCUACGUAGUCAUAAAUUUGGGGGCGUAAAUCCAGACAAAUCCAACACUAAGUCAUCCUCUGGUUAUUGGGAGCCAUCGGCCCCUUUUCGUCCGUCACAUGCUGUAACUCGAAAUCUGUUGAUGAAAGAAAAUCUGUAUGACCCCAUAUGGGAUAGCAUUAACCAGACAGAUGUUAAAGAUGGACGGGUGAAGUUUUCACAUUCUGACCAAGGUUCAUCUGUCAAGAAUUUAAACGUGCAUUCACCAGAGGAGAGGCCUUUGGAUUCAGUUCAUGUUGGCGAUAAUGUGAAAGAUAAUAAAAUGAGCUCCAGUAGUGAUAAUAAACUGAAAGUUGACGAGAAAAGGCAUAAGACGGUAGUUAAAAUUGAUGGAUCUAGCAAAAACAUGGGGACUGUUGUCGAUUUUAACAGAGAUGGUCAUGUGCAAACUGAAUCAAAGGCUGCUUUGAAAAGUUUCCAGUCAGAACUUAUAGAAGUCGUGAAGGAAUUGAUUAGACCGACUUGGAAUGAAGGCUUGUUGAGCAGGGAUGCUCAUAAACUAAUAGUUAGGAAGACGGUUGACAAGGUUAUCUGCUCAUUCCAACCCCACCAGAUUCCGUGCACGGGUGAAACAAUUAAGUUGUAUCUUUCUUCAUCUCGGCCCAAACUUGCAAAGCUAGUUCAGGCUUACAUCGACAAGUAUGGAAAAACCUGAAACCUGUUCAAGCAGCCUUUGUACCAUAAAUCCCUGCUAGAAGAAGCCUGAUUUCAGUAGUCUGCAGAUGUUCUCUAGACAUGCUGGUACAGAUCCAUAAUCCAAGCCACAAGAGCAUUAAAAAAAUUUGGAAGUAGUUUGUUAUUUCCAUGAUUGUAUUGUAUAUUGUUUCACUUGUGCUUGUUCGAGGAUAUGCUGCAAUCUCCUCUAAGGCAUGACACAUGAUAAACAGCUUCUCUGGGCCAACAGCUUUUUCUCCUCUGCUACGUACACCUGCAAAGGUUAGAGACCUGCUCGAGACAAAAUCUGAGGAUACGCAUACGUACGGUGAUGUUUUCUUUGACAUUUCCUUUGCAAAUGCUGGGUUUCAGUGUAUUUUGGGGGUUAGUUGACUAAAUUUUGCUUUGUUAUUGAGCUUUUUAUAUUUUGGGAGUCCUUUUUUUUUUUUUUUCGGCGUACUGUAUAAUUGUGGAUAUCUGUAUAUGUAUGUAUAUCUCCGUAUACAGAGGUCAUAAUCAUUUUGAGUGGUAACAUGAAUUUGCCUUUGUCCACUUUUAGGUUUUAUUAUGGUUAAGAACAAAUAUUUGUUAUUUUUACAUGUGGUGUAACCCUUAUAAAAGUUUGUGCUUAGUCGAUAUUAUGGUGAAAUUUUUGUGGAGGUGGAACUUUGCUGCUAUGUAACUGUAAAUGUUGUUGGUAUUUG